GCCCCGCUCAUGCAGACGAGGCUGCCCCCCGCGCCGGAGGGCACGGCGCCGCUCGAGCGGUUCCUCGCGCACGGAGACCCGAGCGUGCACGAGAGGGUGGCGGCGGCGCUCUGGGAGGCGAGCAGCGAUGCGGGCGCGGUGGCGGCGCUCACGCGGCUGGCCGAGGGCGCGGAGCUCGCCGCGCUGGCGCGGGGCGGGGAGGAGGGCGAGGCGCCCGUGCUGGGCGAGGCGACCGAGCUGUCCAACAUCCCAUCCGACGGCGCGCAGGCGAGCGGCGCGCGCAGCGGCAAGAAGCACCGCCGCGCGCGAGCGCCACCCGUCGUGCGCACCGAGGAGGAGAUCGCCGCGCUGCGCGCCGCUCGCGCGGCGAAGCGCGAGCGGACCGGAGCGCCGCCGCACCAUGAGGGGAGGGCGGCGGCGCAGCGGGGCUGA